CGCAUCUUGCUAUCCACUUGCGAGGUAUAAAGGACCCAGGUGGACCUUCCUCCAAGUCAGAGCCAAAACGGCGUAGCAGUAGCAAGCAUGAAUCCUCUUUUCACGUGCGUAGUGAUUGGUCUUGUAGGGCUUGCCCUAGCUGAGCCUCCAGUAUCCUCAGGAUACAACUACAAUCGACCAAGUGGUGGAGGUUAUUCAUCAGGAGGCGGUGGAUACUCCAGUGGAGGCGGUGGAUAUUCAGUUGGCGGUGGUUAUUCUGGAGGUGGUGGAUACUCCGGUGGCGGUGGAUUCUCAAGUGGCGGCGGUGGAUACCAACAAGUAUCAACUGGUUACCAGACAAAUGAAGGAGCAUCAGUUGAUGGUGCUCUUCUAGAACAAAUCCGUCAAAUUCUUUUGAAAGAAGAAUCUCAAUCAUCAUCUGGCGGUGGAUUCGGAGGUUCUGGUUACGCUCCAAGUGCUAGCUAUGGAGCUCCUCCAAGCUCUAGUUAUGGAGUUCCAAGUUCAAGCUACGGUGUACCAGGAAUUGGAGGUGGUAGAGUCGUGGGAAUUGAUCUUGAAGGUAUCAGACAAGCCAUCCAGGUAGCUCAAUUUAACCAAGUUAGCCAAGGAUCAUCUGGUGGUGGUUAUCCAAGUGGACCAUCAGGCAGUUAUGGAGUCCCUUCUGGAAGUUAUCCAGCACCAAGCAGGCCAAGCGGCAGCUACGGAGCUCCUUUCUAAAGCUCUAACAUUCAAGAUAUAAUCCAAGACACUGACCAUUUCUUUAAUUGAUUCUUCUACAUGGACGCGGGCGUUCUCCAGUAGAAAAAUCUCUUAAAGGUAUCUACAUGUCAUCUGGAAUUAAUUAUCAAGUGUUUUGUCAUCAUCAGUGUCCCAGGAUAAUUUUAACGAAAUUUCAUUUGAGGAGAGAGAGUCGUCGAACGUUUUUUUUAAAAAAAAAUAAAAUCCGUGGAUUAAUUUAAAAAAUUUUUCCACGAUCAUAAAAAAUGAGAAGAUGAGUAGAAGAUGAGGAGAAUGAUAGUGAUUUGCGUUUAAGAACGCAACUUGUAAAUAUACAAUUACACACGCUUACACAAAAUAAAAAGAAAACAAUUGGAUUCAACACGUUGAAAUAUACAUUACUUUAAUCAGCCAGUCUCAAGAUUUCUCUGCAUGAGAAGCAAAAAGGACACACUUGUGAUGCAACACCGGAAGUUCUUGAGCAAAAAAAGGAAUUGCAAGUCUUAUUCACAAGAGUGAAAAUACCUUGAGAAUAAGUCUUGAUAAUAAAAAUGCUAGCGGUCGAACUUAGGGCAUUGAAUUCGAGAUCCGCCAUCAUUUUUAAUUCCAUCAACUUUUUAUAUGAGAUGAUAA